AUGGCGGUCGCCGAUCCCACUACCGAUCGGCCUGCCCACGCCAAUGGCAAACUGAAUGGCCAGCUAACAACCAAGCGGAGGACGCCAAAGCAGCGGCGACUCCUCGGCUGGAUUUUCAACUUCGCUGCCAGAAUUGCCAUAUGGGCUGCCAUUCUCACGAUAUUUUUCCGCUGUCCGACAUCACUCGAUUCUUGCGAUGAAACCACGCCUUCCAUCUGCAAACCGUACUUUCAAGUCAAAAAUGCCGUUACGCCCCAUGUCCAACCCUAUUUCGACCAAUACGCCGCACCUUACGUUUACGUUGUCAAACCAUACUAUGAUACGUUGCACAGUCGUGUUCUGGCGCCAACGCGCCAAUAUGUCGUUUAUUACGGCACUCCGUGGACCAGCAAGGGAUAUGACCUUGCUCGUGCACAGUGGGAGAUGAAUGGCCAACCUCAACUUGCGCGUCUUCAGACCUUGACCAAGGGUCCCUACGCGAUCCGUGGGUAUGACAUGGCGGCUAAGUUUACCACCGCCAAGGCUUUGCCGGCUACCUACUGGGCUUGGGGCAAGGCCAAUGCUUUCCUGGACACGGCCGUGUGGCCCCAGUUGCGUGUUGUCUACGUUGAAAAUGUAGAGCCACAGCUUGUCCGUAUCGGAGCGCGACUUGCUCGAUACAAGACCAAGUCCAACAUCACCAACAAGGCUCCAUCGGAUGAGACACAAGCUGUCAGACCGGCUAGCUCAACAGUAUCAGUAGUCUCACCGUCCUUUAGCAGGCCCUCCCCCCAAAGCCCUUCCACCUCUGCCACCACGGCGAACACCGACGAGCCGGAGGUUGCCGCAACCGAAGCAGACAAGACCGAGCCGUCACGAUACUGGAAUCUCGUCGAAGCCCCAGCUGCUACAGAGAACGAGAGCGGAGAGCGGAGAAACACACGGGAAAUGGUUGCUAGUGAUCUCUUGACCUGGCAAAACAAAUUUGCUUCCCAAGCGGAGGAGGGUGCCAGCGUUAUGGAAGACCAAGUCGAACAAAUUGCUCGCCGCCUGAUGGACGAGAAUGCCAGAGUGAUCGGAAACGGGCUUCUGACCCAGCUCGAGGACACCAUCAAGUUCGAAAUUGCUAGUGCAAAACGAAACAUUUCCAAAAUUAUAGAAUCUGGCAGUGCGGAUGCUCACCAGCAGGCAAUAUCUGCUAUUCGAUCGGCCGGGGUGGCCAUUAAGAAGAAAGCCCAGCUGAUCCGCGGUUGGCGUGAAGAUUAUGACGCUGAGCUCCAGCAACUUGUGGUUGGUGCUGCGGAUGUUCAUUUCCAAAUUCUCGACGAAACACGAAACCUGGCCUUGACAAAAAUCGGUAUGAAGUGGGCUUGGACCGACGGCGUCACCUAUCAGGACUGGCAGAAAUACCAUGAGUUAAAGACUGCGCUUAACGACUGGACUGAAGAACUGAAGCAGCUCGUCGUUACGCACCCGACUCUCCUUGAAGCCCAAGAGCUUUCGCACCAGAUUGAGGACGAUGGCAUGACCAUGGCCUCUGUCGCUGCGAAGGAGUUGGCUCAAUUGAAGGAGGUGUCAAACUGGAAGAUUGCAGCUAACGAUUUCACCGACAACUUUGAUUCCGAGGAAAUGCGCCUUGCUGCAGAGGCGGCGACAGCAACAGCGGCGGCGACCAACGCCAAUGCCGCAAGAGAGGAACCGGAGGCGCAGGGGGCCACAAAACAAACUCAAUUUGAACGAGCCAUCAACGUUGAAAUGCCUCGAGAGAACAUCGGCGCCGAACCAGCCAGGGAAGAAGUUACUGUGAAUGCUGAUACAAAAGCCCCUGAGCCACACGAGGAGCCAAUAGUCCUAGCUGCCCAGGACACGGCAACCACCAUCGCUACCGAUGAUGACAAGGAGCCGGUAGCUGAGCCGGAAGAAAGUCCAUCAAUCCUUGGUGGACGCACAGAAGAAACGGAUACCACCUCAACCAAGGCCCCUGAUUUCGUUGCGGACGACUUCGAUACCAGUGAAGCAGAGAGGGAGGCCGCCACAUCGGCUGUACAGGACCAGGCCACUCUUGCAAGCCCUGCCAUGUUUGGAGCAGCGGCCCAGUCGGUCGCGGAUCGUCGCCCAGUACUAGACGACGACGAGGCAGAUUCCAAUAUUUUUGCCAGUGUGACGAGUGCGGCCCAGGCAGCCUAUUCUAGUGCCGUGGCCGUCGCUGCCGAUCGUUAUUCCAGCGCCGUCUCUGUUGUCUCGGCACAAGCGGAGGGCACAUCGAAGCCGGUACAUGAGCAACUCUUCUCGUCUGUUUCCGCCGCCUACGAUGGUGCCGUUUCCGCAGCAAGCCAAAAGUUCAACGACGCCGUUGCGGCCGCAUCUUCUGGGGUGUAUCGUGCCGCUCCCACACCUCCCACAGCAACCAAGAGCAGCAGUGUCCCCGAGUGGGAAAAAGUAGAGUCUGUUGCGGCCCAGAAAUUGAGUGAAGGGAAGCUGUGGGCAGAGAUUCAGUACCAAAGUGUACUGAUUGCACUCCGGCUGGCUACGCCUACUCCAACCUCGCCUUCUGAAAAGUAUUAUGAGCAGGCCAAAUAUCACUACUAUGCAGGGUUGGGAAUGGCACAAGAUCGGUACUCGAGUUUCAUGGCUGCAGCCUCGUCCGCAUGGUCGUCAGUGACGGCUACGGUUACGACUACAUCCACGGCUACAGACUUUAUGGGUUCUGUCUCUUCCAUGGCUUCACUUGCGCAAAAGUCAGCGAGCUCAGCGGCUGGUGCGGCUGACGAUGCCGUCAAAUCCGCGUAUACCGCUGCCAGCAAGGGAGCCAUGUCGGCUGCUCAGGACGCCGAAGACGCCAUCAACCAAGUAGCAGACGCAGCUGCUGAGCAAGUCGUUCACGUUGCAGAGGCAGUUGCGGACACAUGGGACAUUGUUGUGUCCAAGAUCGCCGUGGAGGUUUAUGGUCCGCCUACAGCUAUAGGCUGGUAUGAGGACGCAACGAAGACGGCCCGGUCUGCCCUCACGGCUGCCACCGAGGCAGUCGCAGACGGCGCAGGCAAACAUUUCGACGCCGUCAACAAAAUGGUUUCCGAGCUAGUGGAUGGAAAAGAGCCCACGUUUCGCGAGAGCGUCAUGUCAAGGCUCAGCGGCAUUUAUUCCACAGCAAGUUCCAACGUGGGCAGCGUAGCCAGCGACGCCAGUUUUGCGGCAGCAUCAGCAGGCGAAAGGGUUGGAAGCGCAGCCAGCCGAGCGACCGAGGCCGUCAAGGGAUCAAUUCAGCAAGCACGAGACGAGUUGUAA